UUCUUUCUUUGUUUGAAGGUUAGCAAGGAGCUAAGGACCAAGGAGUUCUUUUCUUGUUAUUAAAAGUCGGGUUGGGACACACGUGUUAAUUUCAGGCUUCCUUGAACUACUUGACUUCGGCACCUGAACCUCUAGUAAAAAUGAACUCAGAGUGGAAUUUAAAGGAAAAGUUGAAGAUCAAGGUGCAGCUUAAUGAUGACAUACGACGUAUCCAAAUCCACAACAAAGAUGUUACGUAUGAUCAUCUUAUUGAGGUGAUGCAGCAGCUUUUCAAUGGGAAAAUGUCAAAAAGUGAUGAAGUGCUUCUGAAAUACAGUGAUGAAGAUGGAGAUUUGGUCACCAUUUUUGACAACUCAGACUUGGAAAAUGCCAUAGAAAGCAGGCACCACACAUUAAAGCUUAUGAUCUUUUUGAAUUGCCAAGCCCAAGAGUCAACUGGAGAUAUAAACAAACAUGAUCAAGGAUUUGUUGCAAAUCAGGUUUCUGCUAUCAGAAAAGAAUUAGCUUGCAUCCGUGACCAAGUUCUCCACUUGCUUGAUGAGCUGGAUACUCCUCAAGAUACACUGAGUGGAAAGGUAUUCCAAACAAAUAAACUGAUUACUUGUCAAGAGCAAGGAAGCAUUGUUGGCAAAAACGAAGAUAGAAUUCAUCUUGUGAUGUCUACCGAUACACAAUCUACAUCGGAAAAAGCUAAUGAUGCUAAAUUGCCGCAGUUCGAUCAGCUAAAACCAGGAAUGUAUGGUAAUUCGUCAAUCAGCGGAGGUGAAAAUGCAUUGUUAAAGCAUUCCGAAAACUGGGCUGCUGUUUCUCCGUAUCCUAGUGAAUAUGAACAACAGGUGUUGAGCAAACGUGGAUAUCAACCACUUUUAAGCUCUACGUCUUACGGCUUGCCAACGAUCACUGUUUAUCCGGCUCCAGAUGAACCAUCCACCCAGGAAUCAGCUAAUUAUCCUGUACCCAGCUACAGCCCACAACCCAUUCAACAGCAGUCUUAUAACCAUCAACUGAUAUCGAGCGAUCCACAGGGUUCGAGCGAACAUCUAUUUACUGACCCAUCUUCGGCCGAACAGAUGCUAAUACAGACCUCACUACAGAGGCAGCUCAACGAAUAUUACUAUAACGGUUAUCAUCUGUCCAACGCUGUACACCCCGUCAAUCCAUAUCGCCGUAGUCCUCAGCCGCCCAGAUACCCGUAGAACACCAGAUUCAAAAUCUAAUCAGAUAGUUCAAUAGAAAAAAAUAAAUAAAGCUGGACGAACAAGAGCACAGAAAAUUCGAAGCACACUCGGAUCCUGUUUGUAUUCAGGUUAUGUUGCCGAAAAACCUCCUUAUAUAGUGUUAUUCUUCUCCAAAGCACAUAUUUAUUCAAAGUAAGAUCUGUGCAUGUUUAUUUCGGAAUAUGUACUACCAUUUAUUUAAAAAUUUUGAAUAAAUUUCAUCAUUUUGUACCUCA